AGUGUUGGCCGGAGCCUCGGAGUUCGGGGUAGGGUGGUCCACGCCGUCCCUGCGUGGGGGCCUGGUGCCUGGGGUGCGGCGGUGGCGCGCGGCGGGGGCUGUCCCCACGUCCGCCGCAGGCGUCCCCCCUCGUCGGGACACUUGGUGCGGCCGGGGCCGCUGGGUGCCGUUUGGCUACGUGGGUUCCCCUUCUGCGCUUGCCCUUUGCCGCCUGCCCCCUGGCCUCUCUGCAGCCCCUCGGCUGAAGGGAACGCGGUGCUUGAAGACAGCACAUUUGACAGUCUUCUUAUGCACUGGAACACAAAUGCUUGGGAAAUAGUUGCUGAAUAAAUCAGCAGAAGCAGAGAUCUCGGAGAUUUCACAGCCCUCAUUUUGGAGGUUGGAAACAGGUCAUCCGGGAAGCCCACGGGACCCUCAGGCGGGCAGGAUGAACGACUGGCACAGGAUCUUCACCCAAAACGUGCUUGUCCCUCCCCACCCACAGAGAGCGCGCCAGCCUUUGAAGGAAUCCACAGCAUUCCAGUGUGUCCUCAAGUGGCUGGAUGGACCGAUAAUUAGGCAGGGUGUGCUGGAGGUGCUGUCAGAGGUUGAAUGCCAUCUGCGAGUGUCUUUCUUUGAUGUCGCCUACCGGCACUUCUUCGGGAGGACGUGGAAGACCACAGUGAAGCCGACAAAGAGACCGCCGUCCAGGAUCGUCUUUAAUGAGCCCUUGUAUUUUCACACAUCCCUAAACCACCCUCAUAUCGUGGCUGUGGUGGAAGUGGUCGCUGAGGGCAAGAAACGGGAUGGGAGCCUCCAGACAUUGUCCUGUGGGUUUGGAAUCCUUCGGAUCUUCAGCAACCACCCGGACUCUCCUACCUCUGCUUCCCAGGACAAAAGGUUGCGGCUGUACCAUGGCACCCCCAGAGCCCUCCUGCACCCGCUUCUCCAGGACCCCGCAGAGCAAAACAAGCACAUGACCCUCAUUGAGAACUGCAGCCUGCAGUACACGCUGAAGCCACACCCGGCCCUGGAGCCUGCGUUCCACCUUCUUCCUGAGAACCUUCUGGUGUCUGGUCUGCAGCAGAUCCCUGGCCUGCUUCCAGCUCAUGGAGAAUCUGGCGACGCUCUCCGAAAGCCUCGCCUCCAGAAGCCCAUCACGGGGCACUUGGACGACUUAUUCUUCACCCUGUACCCCUCCCUCGAGAAGUUUGAGGAAGAGCUGCUGGAGCUCCACGUCCAGGACCACUUCCAGGAGGGAUGUGGCCCACUGGACGGUGGUGCCCUGGAGAUCCUGGAGCGGCGCCUGCGUGUGGGCGUGCACAACGGUCUGGGCUUCGUGCAGAGGCCGCAGGUCGUUGUACUGGUGCCUGAGAUGGAUGUGGCCUUGACGCGCUCAGCCAGCUUCAGCAGGAAAGUGGUCUCCUCUUCCAAGACCAGCUCCGGGAGCCAAGCUCUGGUUUUGAGAAGCCGCCUCCGCCUCCCGGAGAUGGUCGGCCACCCUGCAUUUGCGGUCGUCUUCCAGCUGGAGUACGUGUUCAGCAGCCCUGCAGGAGCGGACGGCAAUGCAGCUUCGGUCACCUCGCUGUCCAACCUGGCAUGCAUGCACAUGGUCCGCUGGGCUGUUUGGAACCCCUUGCUGGAAGCCGAUUCUGGAAGGGUGACCCUGCCUCUGCAGGGCGGGGUCCAGCCCAACCCCUUGCACUGUCUGGUCUACAAGGUACCCUCAGCCAGCAUGAGCUCUGAAGAGGGCAGAGCCUGCUGUUCCUGGUUGGAUCCUUCUGACAGGUGUGCUGAUGAAGGGAGUGGCCAUCACUGCUCUUCUGGUCCAUUGCAGGUGAAGCAGGUGGAGUCGGGUACAAUCCGGUUCCAGUUCUCGCUGGGCUCAGAAAAACACCUGGAUGCACCCGCGGAGCCUGUCAGCGGCCCCAAGGCGGAGCGGCGGCCUGCCAGGAAACCACCCACGUCCCCUUCGAGCCCACCAGUGCCAGCACCUCGAGGUCUCGCCGCCCCGCAGAACUCACCUGUGGGACCAGGGUUGUCAAUUUCCCAGCUGGUGGCCUCCCCGCGGUCCCUGACUCAGCACUGCUUGGCCAGGCCUACUUCACAGCAGCUACCCCAUGGCUCUCAGACCUCCCCGGCCCAGGCACAGGAGUUCCCGUUGGAGGGCGGUAUCUCCCACCUGGAAGCUGACCUGAGCCAGACCUCCCUGGUCCUGGAAACAUCCAUUGCUGAACAGUUACAGGAGCUGCCGUUCACGCCUUUGCAUGCCGCUAUUGUUGCGGGAACCCAGACCAGGAGCUCUGCAGGGCAGCCCUCGAGAGCCUCCAUGGUGCUCCUGCAGUCCUCCGGCUUUCCCGAGAUUCUAGAUGCCAAUAAACAGCCAGCCGAGGCCGUCAGCCCUACAGACCCCGUGAUGUUUAACCCUCAGAAGGAGGAAUCAGAUUGUCUACAAAGCAACGAGAUGGUGCUACAGUUUCUUGCCUUUAGCAGAGUGGCCCAGGACUGCCGAGGAACGUCAUGGCCAAAGACUGUGUAUUUCACCUUCCAGUUCUACCGCUUCCCACCCACAACGACGCCACGACUGCAGCUGGUCCAGCUGGAUGAGGCCGGCCAGCCCAGCUCUGGCGCCCUGACCCACAUCCUCGUGCCUGUGAGCAGAGAUGGCACCUUUGAUGCUGGGUCUCCUGGCUUCCAGCUGAGGUACAUGGUGGGCCCUGGGUUCCUGAAGCCAGGUGAGCGGCGCUGCUUUGCCCGCUACCUGGCCGUGCAGACCCUGCAGAUCGACGUCUGGGACGGAGACUCACUGCUGCUCAUCGGAUCUGCUGCUGUCCAGAUGAAGCAUCUUCUCCGCCAAGGCCGGCCGGCAGUACAGGCCUCCCACGAGCUUGAGGUCGUGGCAACUGAAUACGAGCAGGACAACAUGGUGGUGAGUGGAGACAUGCUGGGGUUUGGCCGCAUCAAGCCCAUCGGCGUCCACUCGGUGGUGAAGGGCCGGCUGCACCUGACCUUGGCGAACGUGGGUCACCCGUGUGAACAGAAGGUGAGAGAUUGUAGCACAUUGCCACCGUCCAGAUCUCGGGUCAUCUCAAACGAUGGAGCCAGCCGCUUCUCUGGAGGCAGCCUCCUCACGAGUGGAAGCUCAAGGCGAAAACACGUGGUACAAGCACAGAAGCUGGCAGAUGUGGACAGUGAGCUGGCCGCCAUGCUACUGACCCAUGCCCGGCAGGGCAAGGGGCCCCAGGACAUCAGCUGUGAGUCGGAUGCCACCCGCAGGCGUAAGCUGGAGCGGAUGAGGUCUGUGCGCCUGAAGGAGGCCGGGGGAGAGUUGGGCCGGCGCGGGACGAGCGUGUUGGCCCAGCAGAGCGUCCGCACACAGCACUUGCGGGACCUACAGGUCAUCGCCGCCUACCGGGAGCGCACGAAGGCCGAGAGCAUCGCCAGCCUGCUGAGCCUGGCCAUCACCACGGAGCACACUCUCCACGCCACGCUGGGGGUCGCCGAGUUCUUCGAGUUUGUGCUUAAGAACCCCCACAACACACAGCACACGGUGACCGUGGAGAUCGACAACCCCGAGCUCAGCGUCAUCGUGGACAGUCAGGAGUGGAGGGACUUCAAGGGUGCUGCUGGCCUGCACUCACCGGUGGAGGAGGACAUGUUCCACCUGCGUGGCACCCUGGCCCCCCAGCUCUACCUGCGCCCCCACGAGACCACCCACGUCCCCUUCAAGUUCCAGAGCUUCUCUGCAGGGCAGCUGGCCAUGGUGCAGGCCUCUCCUUGGUUGAGCAACGAGAAGGGCACGGACGCCGUGUCACCUUGGAAGUGCAGCGCAAUGCCCACUAAACAAGCCAAGGUCUUGUUCCGAGCGAGUGGCGGCAAACCGAUCGCCGUGCUCUGCCUGACCGUGGAGCUGCAGCCCCACGUGGUGGACCAGGUCUUCCGCUUCUAUCACCCGGAGCUCUCCUUCCUGAAGAAGGCCAUCCGCCUGCCGCCCUGGCACACGCUUCCAGGUGCUCCGGUGGGAAUGCUUGGUGAGGACCCCCCAGUCCACGUUCGCUGCAGCGACCCGAACGUCAUCUGUGAGACCCAGAAUGUGGGCCCCGGGGAGCCACGGGACAUAUUUCUGAAGGUAGCCAGUGGUCCGAGCCCAGAGAUCAAAGACUUCUUUGUCAUCAUUUACUCGGAUCGCUGGCUGGCGACACCCAUACAGACGUGGCAGGUCUACCUCCACUCCCUGCAGCGCGUGGAUGUCUCCUGCAUCGCAGGCCAGCUGACCCGCCUGUCCCUUGUCCUUCGGGGGACGCAGACAGUGAGGAAAGUGAGAGCUUUCACCUCGCAUCCCCAGGAGCUGAAGACAGACCCCAAAGGUGUCUUCGUGCUGCCUCCUCGUGGGGUGCAGGACCUGCAUGUUGGCGUGAGGCCCCUCAGGGCCGGCAGCCGCUUCGUCCACCUCAACCUGGUGGACGUGGAUUGCCACCAGCUGGUGGCCUCCUGGCUCGUGUGCCUCUCCUGCCGCCAGCCGCUCAUCUCCAAGGCCUUUGAGAUCACAUUGGCUGCAGGCGAAGGGAAGGGUGUCAACAAGAGGAUCACCUACACCAACCCCUACCCCUCCCGGAGGACAUUCCACCUGCACAGCGACCACCCGGAACUGUUGCGGUUCAGGGAGGACUCCUUCCAGGUCGGGGGUGGAGAGACCUACACCAUCGGCUUGCAGUUUGUGCCUAGUCAGAGAUUGGGGGAGGAGGAGAUCCUGAUCUACAUCAAUGACCAUGAGGACAAAAACGAAGAGGCGUUUUGCGUGAAGGUCAUCUACCAGUGAGAGCUUGAGGGUGACGUCUUUCCUGCGGCACCCGGCUGGGGCCUGUCUGUGCCCCUCCUGCCCUGCAGGCCGUCCUCCCUGCCUCUCCGCAGCCUUUCACUUCAGUGCCCACCUGGCUGACCUGUGCACUUGGCUGAGGAAGCAGAGACCGAGCGCUGGUCAUUUUGUAGUACCUGCGUCCAGCUUAGCUGCUGCUGACACCCAGCAGGCCUGGGUUCUGUGAGCGUGAACUCUGUGGCGGUGGCUCUGGCUCUGUUGCUGCCAUCUACCCAUGUGGGACCCUCGUUAUCUCUGUUGCUCAAAAUGUAUUUUAUGAAUCAUCCUAAAUGAUAAAAUUAUGUUUUUCUUACUGGAUUUUGUACAAACAUAAUCUAUUAUUUGCUAUGCAAUAUUUUAUGCUGGUAUUAUAUCUGUUUUUUUAAAUUGUUGAACAAAAUACUAUACUUUUACACAUCU